AUGAAGGGGGCACUGGGGCGGGUGGACCGAGCCCGGAAAACUGAGUGUCUGAGACCCAGCAAAAAGCGGCUGAGGACCCUCCCUCACAUCCAGUCUGAUUUGCCUGACUUGCCCCCCUCAGGCUAUGUACCUGCCUAUACGCACCCUAGCCAAACGCAGGUCCUGACCUUCCCCGACCCUAGCCUGACACCUAGUGGAUGGUUCCGCUCGAAACUGGGAUUGUGGAAGCCCGGGUACCUGUUACCGCAGUUGGGGGAAGAACUGAUGACCACCCCAAUCCUGCAGGCCACUGAGGCCCUGUCUCCAGAAGCUGAAGCCAGUACAGCACUCAUUGCAGUUGUCAUCGCUGUGGUCUUCCUCACACUGCUCUCGGUUGUGGUCUUGAUCUUCUUUUACCUGUACAAGAACAAAGGCACCUACGUCACCUAUGAACCUGCAGGUGGUGAGCCCAGCACCAUCCUCCAGAUGGAAAGCGACUCAGUCAAGGGCAGGGAGAAGGAGGAAUAUUUCAUUUAA